AUGGCGUCCCGCCGGCGCGCCGGCAACGGCCGCCGCAUCACCGUGGUGGCUUUGCUCCUGCUCGUGCACCUGCUUGCCUCCGUCCACUUCUGCUCGUCCUCUGCGGAAGACGUGCUCGGCCGCCGCCGCCGUCAUGAGAUCAAGGGGCCGAUCAAGACCCUAGUGGUCCUGGUCAUGGAGAACCGCUCCUUCGACCACAUGCUCGGAUGGCUCCGCCGCCACCGCCACCGUGAUGAUAUCGACGGCCUCACCGGCCGUGAGUCUAACCGCAUCUCCGCUGCCGACCCCUCCUCGCCGGAAGUCUUCGUCUCCGACGACGCGUACUACAUCGACUCCGACCCGGGGCACUCCUUCCAGGCCAUCCACGAGCAGAUCUUCGGGCAUCCUCCCUACAACCACUCCGCCGAUGCCGAUCAAAACCGCCGUCCGUACGCUAACCCGGCCCCCAUGAAUGGCUUCGCCCAGCAGGCCAAGAGCAUGAGCGACGACAUGGCUCGCACCGUCAUGAGCGGCUUCCACCCGGAGAAUGUCCCCAUCUACUCCGCUCUGGCGGAGGAGUUCGCCGUCGUCGACAGGUGGUUCGCCUCCGUCCCGGCCUCCACCCAGCCCAACCGCUUCUACGUGCACUCCGCCACUUCCCACGGCGCCUCCAGCAACGUCCGCCGGGAUCUGAUACACGGAUUCCCGCAGCGCACCAUCUUCGACUGCCUCGACGACGACGGCCUCUCCUUCGGCAUCUACUACCAGAACAUCCCCGCCGUGCUCUUCUUCAAGAGCCUCCGCCGGCUCAAGCACAUCAACAAGUUCCAUCAGUACAAGACGGCCUUCAAGCGCCACGCGCGGCUGGGGAAGCUCCCCAAUUACGCCGUCAUCGAGCAGAGAUACUUCGACACGAAGCUGUCUCCGGCCAACGACGAUCACCCCUCGCAUGAUGCCGCCAUGGGGCAGAGGCUGGUGAAGGAAGUCUACGAGACGCUGCGAGCGAGCCCUCAAUGGAAUGAGACGGCGCUUCUGAUCACCUACGACGAGCAUGGAGGCUUCUACGACCAUGUCCCCAUGCCGGUGACGGGGGUGCCCAACCCCGACGGCAUCGUGGGGCCGGAUCCCUUCUAUUUCAAGUUCGACCGUCUGGGCGUCCGCGUUCCGACCAUCCUCGUCUCCCCGUGGAUCAACAAGCGGACAGGUUCGUUCUUCCUGGAGACCAUCUCCUCUCCCCGCCCCCCGUGCUCGUUGGGAACUCCCAUCUAAAGGAAAAUCCGCUGUAGCCUUCCUCUGGAUUUCUUGCCGGCCUGAUCUGCGAGGGGCUAUGGAUCUAUGUGGGCUAGCUUUUGGGCAUGCUAGAGUAGCUGAACUCAUCCCCGACCUUCGCCACCUCUUUGAUUAUGAGAGCUUCUGUACUGCUGGUCCUCCCCAUGUCUUAUCGUAGCCAGCCCAAGUAGGACUCCCUGAAGCUACGGCCACCAGAUUGAGGAUUCACUGGCAGACUGGGAGUAUUAGCAACCCUAUUAAUUCCUGCCAUGCUCACGGAUCUAGCCUAGCCGGUGAUGGUACUCCUGAAGAUAAGCCGAUACGUACAUGACCGUACAUGUUUCAUCUGUAAAUUAGGGCUUUCAGGAUUAUGUGGGAUUGCAGCAUGUUUUUCUGGCUUCAUAUGAUAUGGCAAUCCAUUUUCUGAUGAUCUCUAGCUCUCACCUCCUUGUGAAACUUGCCCAUCAACACCUGGUGGGAAAGUUGGGACAGACUGGCCAAUGAUAUCAUCUAUGCACAUGGAAUUAGUUGGUGUUUUCUUCAUCAGAUCCAAUAUCGUGCUUGAGGAUAUCUCCGUAUCCAAUGAUAUAAAAUUUCCUCCUCAGCACCAUCUUUAUUCAGUGUGAUUUCGUGACGGUGAUUUGCCAGCAUAGAAAGGGGAUCCAAGAUCUUAUGGCCGGAGGAAGGGAAGCUGAGCUCCUGUAAUCCAUCCCAUCAUGGCUCAGCGCUUAACCUGGGGAAUUAAUCUGGUGUGACUGACUCCGAACGCAUCCAUGGUAGAUGGCCCCUCUCUUCUAAUCCAGACUUACAACGACUGAUCUUUUCCACAAUCGCUACCAUUCCACUGAUCAAGAUGAAGUUUUGAAGAUGGCUGGGGGCUCAUCCUCGUCAGAAUCUACCCUCAGAACUUUUCGUUUUGAUGAUAUCUUUUUGGUGAACCCGUUCUCCCUGAUUUUAUCAAUUUUUAAUGGUCCUGCAUUCGCGACUUUUAUAGAGCAGAUGGUACAGCAAUCCCUAUAGUCUUAAAGGUCAUCAUUCAUCAUACAUGAUUUUCCUUGACGCAUUUAUCUCAAAGGAAUCUUUUCACUACUUCAUCUCCAGGAAAAGCCCUCCAAAAGCUAAGCUCUUAAACAAUCAGGACUUGCACCGUUCUGAAUAUUCUUUCUCCCAAUAUUUUCCCAGAAACCCUUCCCUCAGAGAUGACCUCUGAGACAAUCGGACGCACACCCAUUUGCCAUUUUUUCCAGAAGGGCCCUCGAAACAUUUCUCCCAUGAAGAACCUUUUUUGGACAUUAUUUUCCAGGGGCAUCCGUAUGAAGGCUGAAAUGGCAUCCUCUCUGAAUAUUUCUUCCUUUUUUUUAUCCGAGAUUGUACUUCUAUCGGAGAGGGUAUUUUUAAGAAUCUACUUCCUGGACCAUUCAUCCCUACGGAAGUGGAGCUCUGAUAUUAUCGGGAUAUAUCCCCUCCUGGGUAUUUUUAUUGAAGAUUUUCCUUCACAAUAUGAUGUUCUACUGGGCAUCGUCUCCUCGACAUUUCGUUCCCUUCAACAAUCCCUUUGAUCGCGAGCUUUUCAGUCCCUUCCAGCGUAUUCCUUUCGUUCCUCGAUCUUCCUUAAAAUGCUUUCUAAUCGGAAGGAUCUUCUCGAUAUGGUGUUCCCAGGAUUAUCCCCCUUUGUAAGCUGCGUUCUGAAACGAUUCUGGUCCAUCCCCUCUCCGUUCAAAUGCGACUGACAGAUGUUUCUUUAUAACCGGCAUUUGAUCCCUUCAGCACUCCAUAAUUUCUUCAAGUUCUUGAAAUUCUAGCUUGGUGAAAAUUGAUGGGAAUAGUCUGUAGAGUUGGAAGAAGGUGAUUGAUGAACGAGGUUCUUUUAUUUUUCUUUUUCUUUUUUCUUUUUUCUUUUUUCCCCUGCUUGGAAUUAGCUGGAAGUCUUUCUUCCUAGCAGUGGUUGAAACUCACCCCGGCUCUUCUCCCGUCGUGUGCAGUGAUCCACAAGCCGGAUGGGCCAAAACCCACGUCGGAAUUCGAGCAUUCCUCCAUUCCCGCCACGGUGAAGCAUCUGUUCAAUCUCAGAUCCAAUUUCCUCACCAAGAGGGAUGCCUGGGCCGGGACCUUCCACAAGUCUUUCUCUCUGCGUUCCACGCCUCGCACCGACUGCCCAGGUGGGUACUUCCUUUCAUCUCUCUUAUCUGUUUCUCUGCUCUAUGCGGACUUCUGAGGAGCGGCUGACGUGCAGCGGAGCUGCCGGAGGUGACGAAGGGCCUGAGGCCAUUCGGGGCGAGGGAGGACGCGGCGCUCUCGGAGUUCCAGGUGGAGCUGAUUCAGCUCGCGUCGCAGAUUAACGGCGACCACGUCCUCAACGCCUACCCGCACAUCGGCGAGAGCAUGACCGUGCGCGAGGCCAACAGCUACGCCGAGGACGCCGUCGCCCGAUUCCUGGAGGCCGGCAGGGCUGCGCUGCUGGCCGGGGCCAACGAAUCCGCCAUUGUCACCAUGAGGCCCUCUCUCACCAGCAGGUCCGGUGGAGCUCUAUCAUCUUAA